AUGUCGUCAGUGCUGGAGGCCGCCACACGUCCUCCUCGCGCCCGGCCCGAGCUCGGUCGUGUCACGUCAGUAUCGGCGGGUCAUCCUACUGUGUCUCCGUCCUCUCCGGACCUUCAACCCUGUCCAUCGAUCGUCCCAGUUCCUGGUGGUCGGUGGCCCGUGACGGCGCCUCGGAGACAGUCUUAUUUAACUCUCUCUCGUGUGACCGAGUCUGUAUGUGAUCAAGUUAUUAACGCACUAGAGGGCUGUCGUUUGAUCGGACGCGAUCAGGCGAGCGAGUGCGGCGGAGCGCGAGCGGCCCCCGGUCCAUGGGGGGGGGCUUGUGACGUCACGAGUGGCGCGCCCGGGAACACACGCGGCCGGGCGCGCUCCGACUGA